AUGGAACCGACAGGACCAAUAACAAGAUCCAAAGCUCCAGCUUUCCGGGCCAUAGCAUCCCACCCAACCGAAGUUAUUCCCCUCCAAGUUUACGUGCAGUCAACUCGCAACAACACCAUCAUGUCGCUUGUCGGUGCAAACUCAAAAAAUGGGAUGCUUGGGUGCCUGCAUACCGCAAGUGGAGGGAAAGUCGGGUUUAAGAAAGUUCAACGUUCAGGCUACGAAGCUGGAUAUCAAUGCGCCAUUAGCAUAUUUAAACAUAUUCGAAGGAUGCAAGAAACUCUUCCAAACCCUUAUUCGACGUUACAACUGUAUUUCAACUUCAAAGGAUUCGGCCAAGGCAGGGAGGGGGUCGUUCGUGCCAUCGCGUCUACCGAAGGGGAGGAUAUUCGGAAGUUAAUACAACGAGUAACCGACCGCACACCCGUAAAAAUUGGCGGAACCCGUCCAAAGAAACGCCGAGUUUUAUAA